GCCAUUUCUAAAAAGAAAAACACACAUUUCCAUAAGGCAGAAAUCCUUUCUAUGUUGCUUAAGAAGUUACCUACUUAUAGCAAGAGAAUCUAGCUCUAUUGGUUGUGUAAGGUAAAAAAAAAAAACGCAUAACCAUGUCAACCAAAUUGAUUGAAACAAGCCUUAGCCUUAUGGUAUGGCUUGUAAUUGCAACAUCAGCAAUAGCACAAUCUGAUAACCCCCCAGUUCUUGACACAGAAGGCCACCCUCUUGAGCCUGGCAGAGAUUACUACAUCACACCAGCGGUAACAGACAUUGGAGGCCGUGCCACUAUAGUAGACAACGGCACAUGCCCUUUAUUUGUAGGUCAAGAGAACACUUUUGUAGAAGAGAGCUUUGCCGUUUUCUUCACCCCUUUUGCAAAGGAAGAUGAUGUUGUGAAGGUGAAUAGGGACUUUCAGGUGGCAUUCUCAGCUGCAACGUUAUGCUUGCAGGGCACAGGGUGGACUUUGGGUGAAAGGGACACUGAGAGUGGAAGGAGGCUCAUUGUUGUAGGAGGUGUUGGUAGUUACUUUAGGAUUUCGGAGACACAAGUUAAAGGUGUUUAUAAUAUUGGUUGGUGUCCUAUUGAUGUGUGCCCCUUCUGUAAGUUUGACUGUGGCAUUGUUGGUGGCUUGCGUGAGAAUAAGAAGAUUUUCUUGGCCUUGGAUGGUAAUGUGCUCCCAGUUGUGUUUGAGAGAGCAUAAUAAAUGUGUAUCUUCAAUUAAUUUGUGUUUGUGUUGUGUGCUUGAAAUUUCUUUUCCUGUAAUGUUGGCUAAUAAUUGGAGCUACCGUAUGUCGAUGUAUAAGACCAAGGAAAGAUAUACAUGUCUCUUUUUUAUUUUAUUAAUUUAUGGAAUAAAGGUACAAACUAAGUUGUUGUAUUCAUGUA